CGGCGGCCCUACACGAACGGCCUCGGAUUCACGACCCACAUGUGCCGAGAAACCAAACACUCCGACGCGGCUCCUCGUGCCAAGUACAUUUAUAACGCCGAGUUUGAACGACUUCAUAAGUAAAUAAGUGAACUACUUAAGAAAUUGUCCAGGAGAAAGAAAAGUACUGAGCCCUCAGUAAAGACAAUGGCAGUCCUGAAGAAGGCUGCAGCAGCUCCAGGAGAGAAGGGGUCUCCUCUGAAUGGAGUAAAGAAGAACGCAAAGGGGAAAAAGAAAAAGGCCAAUGCAGUAUCCGUAGAAAAGAAGGAACCUACCGUAGAGAAGAACGAUGCCCCUGUAAAGACUGUGGAAGUCAAGAAGGCUGCAGAUGCUCCAGCUAAUGAAGCAAAGAAGGCAAAGGGGAAGAAAGGAGCCAAGUUAGUAUCUGGAGAAGAGAAGAAACCCACUGUAGAGAAGACUGGUGUCACGGAAAAGACUCCAGACGUUCCAGGAGAGAACAAGGUAGCGCCUCAAAAUGAACGGAAGAAGAGGAAGAUACGGGGGAAGAAGAAGAAGAGAUCUGAAGUAGAGAAGAAGGAUGAUGAUACUGCUCCUGCAAAGAAAAAGAGAACCAGGAGGAGGCGGCCCAAGAAGAGGAAAGCCGCUGCAGAGAACCCCGAGGAGGAGACGAAUGAAGCAAAGAAAGCAAAGUUAGAGGUUCCAGAUGAGAAGGUGUGUUGAAGUUAUGUUAUUGUGAUGUAUACUUGUACUCCCUCAAGUAAAACACUUGCAGUCAGAUAGGUACAAACAAUGUAUCCAAAUUUGCGUGACAAUAACAUGUGUUAAUGUAUGGUGAAAGUCUUGUCAGAGAAUAAAUCCUUACAAAUGCUAAA